AUGCAGAACACCUUGGAGAAGCUCCAGGCCCAGCCUUCCUCCAGCUGUGGCCCAGUGGAGGUGGCCCUGCCUGGGCUGGUGUUCGACCUGAGCUCGCUGGUUCUGUACGGAGCUGAAGCCGUUCCCGUGCGGCUGAAGAUACUGUUGGACCGACUCUACAGCAUCCUGACUCCAGAGCAGGUUGGCCACAUUCUCCACACACUGGGCUGGAGUUUGGGAGAUUAUGUUAGAGGAUACAUGCUGCAGUAUCCCGGUGGGAAAGUGUUGGAUCGCUGGAUGAUGGUGACUCCUGAAGAAGAGCUGCUCAUCCUCAAACAGUUCCUUCGUUUUGGUGAAACUCGCCCUAUCGUUGAGUUAAUGACGCUUCAGUGCCUGGCAGCUGUCAGUUACCUCUCUGACCCAGAGCUAAAGCCCGCCUCCAAGAGCUGCCAGUCAAACAUCAGCACAUUCAUCGAGCACAACGGAGGAACAUCGGGGACGGACAGGAAAUCAAUGGGAGAUUCCUGUUUGGUGGCCGGCGUCUGCCGUUUUGAGAAAGGCAGUCUGGCUGACCACAACGACACUGUCCACCAUUUUGAAAACUUUCCGAGUGGACUGUCUUUGCUUCUGCCUUUCCAUUUUCCAAGCUCUGCCUUCCAGUGUUUGGUUUCUCCCACAAAGGAUCCUCCCUUGAAGCUAACACAAUGUCUACAGAAGCCCAACGGGACCAAACUGGCUGAGAGACACAGGCAGGACAGAGGAAAGAGAACGCAAGAGAAUCCAAUCCAAUCCAAAGGUGAACUGGCUUUAAAAAUCAAAGCGGACCCUGACAAGCCAAACCCGGCCCGGUCGCUGUGGCGUCUGAACCCUUGUAUCCACGGAGGUCGUAAGGGGAGGGUCUGCUGUGGCGUUUGUGGAAAAAGCUUCUAUGACAAAGGAACACUGAAGAUCCACUACAAUGCUGUCCAUUUGAAGAUCAAACAUCGCUGCACAGUGGUGGGCUGCACCAUGGUCUUCAGCUCGCUGCGAAGCCGAAACCGUCACAGCGCCAACCCAAACCCACGGCUACACACCAGCGGCAGCAGAGACGCACAUACCCAUAGAAACACACACUCUGAGACACACAAAAGGGAACAAGAGACCAGCAACAUACUUCAGCAACAGGAUGAUGAUGCAUACAAAUUAGCACACAUACACACCCUUAGAAAGGGGUUGAACAGUCAUACAAACCCCCACCAUGGCAGCCCACACAGCCCUUCCCCUCAAGUUGACUCCCCUCCUCCCUCUCCUCACCCUCUAGUCCUGAACACCAAGCAGAAUGACUCCGCCUACAGAUCUGACCUGCACCCCCAGGUACCGCCGCAUCCUCCUCCUCCCCUCCACCUAGCUCACAGAACAGUGGGCUCACCUCCCUCCCUCAUCCCCCUGGUUGUUCCUGCGGCAGGUCAAACUGAACAUUGUCGACCCUUGCUCAGCCUCAACAACAACCACACUGCACCUGCUCCCCUUCCUGACCACUGCCCCGUCACCAUGGCAAGCCGCAACAGUCAGUAUGGUUGCAAUGAAGGAAGACGAGGAGAGCUGACCAAUCAGCAGCGGCAGUGGGAGUCAGGUGACCACUUGCCAAAGAAGAAGCCCAGAAAGUCCAGCAUGCCAGUGAAAAUAGAAAGAGAGCUUGAGGGGAGGAGUGACGAGGAUGAGUGUUAAAGGUCUGCAGUGUUUUCUAGUAGCUAAACAUGCCAGUUACAGAGAUAUGAUUAAAUUUCAACAACAUCUACCCCCCCAGGCACAGCUUGACAAGUUUUGUCUUAAAACAGCCACUGUAAAGAGGAUAGCCCUUUUUAAUUUAGGUGACUGCCCCUCUGUUCUCCCCACUCCCAGAAAACAUUUUAUAUGUUUGCAUUCUUUAAAGAAAACAAUGUAUAAUUUGUAUAUUCUGUCCCUGCUCACAUACCAUUGCUUUUUCUCUGCCAUGAUAAAUCUGUAGUCAGCAGCAUGAUGCUCUGUGCAGGGG